GGCGUCACACAUCUGAUGCCUUUUUGGUUGCAACUCGCAAAGCUGUUAGGUCUAUAACGUGCCUGGCGUAUAAAGCGAUUCCGUUCGACAGAUGAAAAUUAUGAAAUAGCUGCACACCUGGCUUAUACCUGCACAGAAUGGCUACAUAUGAUCAUACAUAUCUCUAGGUGCCUCUUUGUAGAGCAGCAUGAGGCAGCUUGGUCACAGUCAUAUGGUUCCGGGGCUAGCCAGCUUACUGGUGCUGCUGUGUGCUGUGAGUUGGCAGCCGGCACAUCUUGUAGAAGCUAAGAAUAAGGAGACAUUUCCAGUCCACCGGCCCUUGGUCGAUCUGCGCGAGGUCGCCAUCCAAACGGUCGGCCGCGAUGGACCUCGCUACCCGGACGAAGGCUUCCAGACCCAUGUGCGCACCUGCAGCGCACCUUAUGAAUCCGACGACUCCACGCAGCCUCUCUCCGAGGACUGCAACCGCGGUUACACCAUCCUGACCCUGGCGAACAAUCCCACCAUGCAAUAUCUCAUACCACUCCUACUUCGCAGCCUGCAACGCAUAGAACGCCCUCCUCGCAAACUUGGUGGCAAGCCGGGCGACCUCACCCGCCACACCACCGUGGUCGGCGUCACGGCAGAGGCAGUCAAGUCCUGCGAGCGCCUGCAGGCGACCUUUGACCACACCUGCGCCAGCGACGGCGCCAGCGGCCUUCUCAACGGCGACCAGCGCUUCCCCAGCUUCAAGGCCCUGGCCUUCGGCUUCGCCAAGCUGCGCUACAUCUUGAACGCGCUCACCACCAACACCGACAUCCUGUACGUGGAUGCUGACGUGGUGUUCUUGCGGGACCCCUUCCCCGCGCUGCUCGCCUCGGGGGCGGACAUAGCGGUGGCGUCCGCGCCCGCCGCCUGCGGAUCCCAGCCGGCGGCCUGGCAGCAGCAGCCGGAGGAGGAUGAGAAGGGGCAGGAGGGGGGCUCUGUCCGCGAGGAGGAGGGGAGCGGUGAUUACAGUGGGGAGCGGGAGGAGGGAGAGGGAGAGGGAGCGGAGGAGGGUGCACAGGGAGAGGAGAGGAGGUCAAAGCGGCGCCGGCGGCAUCUCCCAGAGGAAACGGGCGAGGGUGAGGGUGCCGCUGGCGGUGGGGGUUUGUCGUACAGCACUGGCAUCACCUUUUACCGUAGCGGGCCGGGGGUGCUGCGCUGCGUGUACUCGCUGCUGCUGGACAUGGCACACCUGGCACAUCAGCAGCAGGGGAGGGAGGGAGAGGAGGGGCAGGGGGAGGAGGGGGCGGCGGGCGAGGAGCAGCAGCAGCAGCAGCCGCGCCGGCGGCGACACCGCAGACGGCAGCUGGUAGCGGAGCAAGGAGGAGAGGCGGCCGCAACACCCCCGGCCUCAGCAGCAGCAGCGGACGGCUCAGCAGGGGGCCCGGUGGUUCGCGAGCAGGGGCGCUUCGCCGCCUUCAUGCCCAUGUGCGCCGGAUCGCUGGGGCUGACGCUGCGGGUGCUGCCGGCGGAGGAGUUCGUGACGGCUUGUGGGAGCGGUGGUGACGGCGGGGUCAACCUGAGCGCGACGGAGGUGGAGUCGCUGCGGUCGGGUGCGGUGGCGGU